AUGAUGUGGAAGCAUUUUACAAUCACAUUUACGCUACUUGCCAGUUUUGCCACCCUGGCAUCUGGCAAAUCAGAUCCCGGCAUCAUUGACGUUGUAAUAGAUCAGGAUCUGCAACCGAUUGUGGAGCAGCGUCCGCUAUUGGCAAAUACGAAGAUUUACAUAAAACUGGAAUGCUCUUCCGAAGGUGAAGUUCCAUUAACUAUAAACUUUAAGCUGACGCAACAUCCAUGUCUAUACGACGCUCGAUUUCUGCAGGCACUCAAUGACAAACCGAAUCUGCAGAAAAAUGUUAGCUUAAGCCACCUUGUGAAAUCCACAAGCAAAUAUGCCAACUGCACGCAUCUUAUUGUACUCAGCGAUGUCACCGACGACGCCAACAAGCAGGAGGAAGUGCACGAGCUGAAGAAGAGCCAAAAUCCACUUGCGGCAAAGCCCAAGACAAUUGCGAGCAUUGCUGAAGACGGCAUCUACGAGCUGGAGCUGACCAUAUUAACAAAUCCACCUGGUCAGCCUUUUCGUGCAACGGUGCAUAUUGAAUUCCUCGGUCCACAUGGCUACAUAUCAGCCAUUGAUUGGCCUUUUUUGCCGUUCUAUCUGAUCAUGUGUGUGGUUUAUGUUAUAUUUGGCAUCAUUUGGCUAUUUGUUUCAUUUGCACAAUGGCGAGAUUUGCUGCGUAUACAAUUCUGGAUAGGGGGCGUCAUAUUGCUUGGAAUGUUGGAGAAGGCCUUCUUCUAUGCAGAGUAUCAGACAGUGUCCAAUACAGGGCAUCCCGUAGAGCAUGCCGAGCUAGUUGCUGAGUUUGUCUCCUGCGCCAAGCGCACACUAGCGCGCAUGUUGGUCAUCAUAAUGAGUCUGGGUUUCGGCAUAGUCAAACCUCGCUUGGGUCCCAUGCUACAUCGCGUUGUGGGCGUGGGCACUUUGUACUUUGUACUGGCUUGCGUGGAGAGUUAUUUGCGUAUUACCCGAGUCAAAAGCGAUCGCAGCGAGCUGCUCCUAUCAACCAUACCGCUCGCUGUUCUGGAUACUGUAAUUUGCUGGUGGAUAUUUACGUCCCUCGUACAGACAACGCGCACGUUGCGACUGCGCAGAAACAUGGUUAAGCUCUCACUGUAUAGACACUUUACAAAUACGCUAAUAUUCGCUGUUAUUGCUUCGUUGAUCUUCAUGUUGUUUGCUCUGCGUUUGCGUAAGACCGAGAGCUGCACACCUGGCUGGCAUGAUAUCUGGCUAGAUACAGGCUUUUGGCAUAUACUGUUCUCUGUGCUAUUGUUGGUUAUUAUGAUACUUUGGCGGCCCACAAAUAAUAAUCAGCGAUAUGCAUUUACGCCGCUACUGGAUAAUCCAGAGGAUGAGGACGACGAAGAUGAAGAGGAUCAGUUUGUAGCAGAUGCGUAUGGCAUUAAGAUGCGUGGCACCCAUCAAAAUGGCAACGCACAAACCACUAAAAAUGCACGUGCGGCCACAACCACGGAGGAUGAUGAUUUGCGCUGGGUGGAGGAGAAUAUACCCUCAUCAAUGGGUGAUCCAGCAUUGCCUGUGCUCGAUUCCGAUGAGGAAAUCAUAAAUACUAAGUUUGAAGUUUCCAAAAUGCAAUAAGCUGUGUACCUAAGAGACUUUUACAUAUAUAUCUAUAUAUAUUUCUAUAUAUAAAUAUAUAUACUGCACAUUUAUUUAUAACUAUUUAAUGUACGCACUAAAUGAGAGCCGAGGCGUUUUAAUUGCUGGUCUAAUAUAGCACCUCGACUACUCAGCCUGUUGCUCCUCUGCCCCAAUGUUAAACACCUAAAUCCUUUUCCUUGUUUCCAUCACACAAGCACUUUUCGAAUUUGUCAGCCCGUGUAAAAUAUUGUAUAUGAACUCAACAGCAGCAAGAACAGCAAAGGUAACCUUUCAUUUUCCUCCUAAUUAAAGCUAAAUCUUAACUUAUUUGUAAUCACUUAGCAUUAAGUUUGUAGAUAUCUAGUGCGACAAAAUACUUUGAAGUAUUGAAAGAGACCCGAAAUCGAUUCUCUACACGUAUAGAACUUCUUA